AUUUCACAUAUACCAGGUUCAUGCUCAGCACUGAAGUUAUAAAAAUGUACUGGUAGGUUAGACUGUGAAGUCCUCCUGCCCAAUAUCCCCAAAAUUUCCUUGCAAUUGGUUUCCCAUUCGUCUUCUGUACAGUAAAAAUGAUGGAGCUUAACAUGUCCAAUCUCUUGUCACAUGUAGAGGUUUCUGAAAUGAGCAAUUCAACCAGUAAAACAGCGCACAUCUUAACCAGUAGCGAUGAUAACAGCUUGGGUGGCACUGCUUUUAGUCUUGAUUUCCUAGGCUAUAGAGCUAAAUCAGUAUGCACACCGUGCAGCAAUGACUUCCUCACCAUGGCCCAAGAUGAUGGUUGCGGGCUUGUCCUUGGCUUGGGUCCAACACCGACCUCUUAUUCUUGUGAUUAUCGAUCACCAAUGAUCACUGGAUCUAAAGAAUCUCUCAAUUUAUUCAGCCAAAAUGUGGUUUCUGAAUCUGAUUCGAGUAUGCUGAAGCUCGGUCUUUCAGGGAUUAGUACGGGGCCUGCUUCAAUGGUGAUUGAAGUCAAUUCAGAUCAAUCCCAUUUACAGGCCCAGACAUUAUCUGAGAAACUGUCACUUAGUUCGGUUGUUGAUGAAGGUUCAACUUCUGCCAAAAAUUCUGGUGGAUACAUGCCAACUUUACUCUUUGCACCUAGACUUCAAAGUUCCAGCAACAGCAGUGCCAGGGAUCAACUCCCUUUCAGUCCUGAGCCCUCUUCCAUGACUGAUGGUUCGGUUGGUGGAAUUCUGGACUCCAUGAACAUUGAUACUGUUUCCUACCAGCGGAGUCAUUACCAUCAUCCCAAGAAAUGCAGGUUCAAGGGGUCCUGCUCUAAAGGUGCGAGGGGUGCAUCUGGGCUCUGCAUUGCUCAUGGAGGUGGCCAGAGGUGCCAGAAGCUUGGUUGCAACAAGGGUGCGGAGAGCCGGACAGCUUUCUGCAAGGCUCAUGGAGGAGGGAGGCGCUGCCAAAUGCUUGGGUGCACCAAGAGUGCAGAGGGGAAGACAGAUUACUGCAUUGCUCAUGGAGGGGGCCGGCGAUGUGGCCAUCCAGGAUGUUCCAAGGCUGCCCGGGGUAAAUCAGGACUAUGUAUUAGACAUGGUGGUGGGAAGAGAUGCAAUGUGGAAGGGUGCACACGUAGCGCUGAGGGUCAGGCAGGGCUAUGCAUCUCUCACGGUGGUGGUCGCCGGUGCCAGCAUCCAGGAUGCACCAAGGGUGCACAGGGUAGCACCAUGUUCUGCAAGGCCCAUGGUGGGGGAAAGCGAUGCAUCUUCGAGGGGUGCACCAAAGGGGCGGAAGGGAGCACACCCCUCUGCAAGGGCCACGGUGGAGGAAAGCGAUGCCUCUUUGAAGGAGGGGGUGUCUGCCCGAAGAGUGUGCAUGGUGGAACAAAUUUCUGUGUCGCUCAUGGAGGUGGGAAGCGCUGUCAUGUACCAGGUUGCACCAAGAGCGCUCGUGGCCGUACUGAUUUCUGUGUCAGGCAUGGUGGGGGGAAGCGAUGCCAUAUUGAAAGCUGUAGUAAGAGUGCGCAAGGCAGCACUGACUACUGCAAGGCGCACGGUGGGGGGAAACGAUGCAUAUGGGAUGGAGGUUGCGAAAAGUUUGCUAGGGGAAAGAGCGGCCUGUGUGCAUCACAUGGAAGCAUUGCAGCAUUGCGGCAAGAACGUGAUGGGAUGAAAAUUGGUGGAAUGAUAGGACCCAGCCUCUUCAAAGGUAUUGUAUCUACUACUACAUCUUCAAUUGGUGUAAGCACCAUGGACAAUGAGCAUUCAUCAUCAUCCGGUGUGAGUGUAAUCUCCAACCGCGUAGAAUCAACAGAAAAUGCAGCAAAGCGUCGGAAGCAGCUGCAACUCAUACCGGAUCAACUUUUGGUUCCUCUCUCAAUGAAAUGCCCUGCGGGCAGAGAGGGAGUUCGGAACCAGGAGAACAGGAACUCAAGGCUAAUUAUUCCUGAAGGGAGAGUUCACGGCGGUGGCCUACUGUCUUUGCUUGGAGGGAACCUGAAGAAUGCAGUUGAUGGUGGUAUGAUAUAAAUCAAUCAAUGAAUGAAUGAAACAAUUCAUUGGCCAAUUUGGGGGAGGAGGAAUCAGUCCUCUAGUAAUUCAGAAGUUGUCUAUACAUUGUGUUGUGUUUCUUUAAAACUUAGUAUGCUGCAUUGUAUCUAUGCUGCUAUCCUCAUAGAUUGAAGAUUUGAUAGACAUUUAUUUCCAUUUCCAUUGUGUUGUGUUUUUCUAUUGCUUUCAGACUUGUGCUCUUCUAUGAAUAAAACAUCAUGUGAUUUCUCCAAA